GACAUUUCGGAAUUAAUCAAAAUAUUUUUAUAAGUAGACGUUUCCAAAAAAAAGUAAGUCUUUUUUGGAAAUUUAAUUAUUGCAAAUUUUAGUGAAUUUUAAUCGGUUAUGGCAGAGGAAAGUGGCGUUCCAACCUCGGACAACCUGAAUACCAAAAAUGGUAACUUUAUAUGCGGUGUUGUGGAAGGCUUCUAUGGUCGGCCAUGGACCACUGAGCAAAGAAAGGACCUUUUUCAAAAAAUGAAAAAAUGGGGUAUGGACUCCUACGUUUAUGCCCCAAAAGAUGACUACAAGCACCGGGCCUACUGGCGAGAGCUCUACACAGUAGAAGAAGCCGAACACCUCACGGGACUCAUCCAAGCAGCCAAAGACCAAAACAUAAUUUUCUAUUACGCCCUAUCACCCGGUUUAGACAUCACUUAUUCAAGCCAAAAAGAAAUUACAACCCUUAAAAGGAAACUAGAGCAAGUUUCCCAGUUUGGCUGUAUAGCAUUCGCAUUAUUAUUUGAUGAUAUAGAGCCAGAGAUGUCUGAAGCUGACAAGGAAGUGUUUCAGUCUUUUGCACAGGCUCAAGUAUCUAUAACAAAUGAGGUUUACCAGCAUCUAGGACAACCAAAAUUCUUGGUAUGUCCCACUCAAUAUUGUUCGACUAGGGCUGUGCCAAAUGUUACUAAUUCAGAGUAUUUGAAUACUUUGGGGUCCAAGUUGGCUCAAGAAAUUGAUAUUAUGUGGACGGGCAACAAAGUGAUAUCCAGAAACCUCUCGAAAGAAAACAUCCAAGAGAUCACAGAAGCCUUAAGACGACCCCCGGUAAUAUGGGACAAUUUACACGCGAACGAUUACGACCAAAAAAGGGUAUUUUUGGGCCCUUACUCCGGUAGAUCUCCAGACUUAAUCCCGAAAUUACGCGGGGUUUUAACGAACCCAAACUGCGAAUACGGAGCGAAUUUCGUGGCCAUCCACACUCUGGCCCAGUGGUCCAGGUGCAGCGCCGACGGCCAAAGAGAUCUUUCUUUAAACGAUUCGGUGUCGGCCGAUAUUAAAUUAGAGACCGAAACUGAGGACGGUUUAUCGGGCGAGGACGUGCCGGCCACGUUGUCACCCAACAUGUACCAUCCGAAGCAGGCGUUAAAGAAUGCGAUCAAAGAGUGGCUCCCGGAGUUUUCGAAGCACAAAUCCGCGUGGGGGCCCAUAGCUAAGCCACAACCCGCGGUUGCCGUUGUGCCUGUCCCCAUUAUCCCUUCGAUUAACACUUGUAUGAGUUUAACCGCCGGUACGACCACCGUAACCUCAUCGGGUGCACCUCAACCGAUAGUUUCUUCCAACCAAUUGCAAGCGUUAGCCGAGGUGUGCAGCACGGUUUCUACACUAUCGGACAGUAUAGUGAACCCCGGCCCCGGCCCGGUGAUGAAUUCACUCGUUUCCGAAACAAAAGUGGUGACGAACGAUUCUAUACCGAACCCGAUAGCCCCCGUGGCAGUCCCUAUUACUUUGGACGACGAAAAGAGUAAAAGUAUCACCAUUUUGGAAGGGGCCAUAGUGAAACCCGAGAAAGCGAAACCGAAUGGCGCCCAGUCCACCACCAACGGUGACACAAUGUUAGACGAUCAAAGGGAGACGACAAAAGAGGAAAACGUCAUGAGUACCGAGCAUAGUAUAAGUAACGAAUCCAGUCUGAGUCCUUCUGAGCCAAUGGACUGUAAUAGUACCCCUAACAUAUCACCUGCCCAUUUAAAUAAAAUUGUCGCUGGCUCUAGCGAGGACGUUGCUAUGAGUGAAACUUCCACUUCCAGCGGUUCGAUGCAAAUAGAACCAAGCGAUGCCAAUCAAAUGAUUGUCGAGAAUCCGUCUGAGACUGACAGGAAAGACAAUGAUUUGACUUACGAAGAUUUAGCGCUGCUCUGUGAUUUAUUUUAUUUGCCGUUCGAGCAUGGCUCCCAAGCGUUACAACUUUUACAAGAAUUCCAUUGGUUGAAAUCGAACGCGCAUAUCGUCAUAGCCGCCAAUCAGCAAAAGGAUAAAUCUAAUCCGGAGGUUCAAGAAUGGUUCUCCCGCGCUGAAAAAAUGAACGAAAUGUCCCUAGCAGUGAAUCGACUAUUCCAACAUUUGUCCGCGUGCAACAAUAGGGAAAUGCUCUAUGAUUUGUACUCUUAUAUUUGGGACAUCCGGGGGGUGAUAUCCUUACUGAAUUCCUACAUAAAAUGGUUAGCGAACGGCCAGUUUCCAGCGUCGAUGCCGUCGUACACCCAGGGGACCUACACAUGGUUUUCCAAAGGUUGGAAAGAGGCUUUCAUGUCCGGCGACCAAGAGCCUUGGGUGUUUCGGGGAGGACUAACAGCUGAUUUACAGCGCUUAAUACCAGUUGAUUCUGGUAACGAUUUGUUCGUGUAUAAAGUCCCAGAUGUGCCAACCAGCCGCGUGUACACCAUAAGACCUUACACACCCGCCGACGAAGACUCGGUUUAUAACGUGUGCACCAGAACGUGUAAGGACGGUCUUGAGGACCCUCAUCCACUCUCUGCGGAACUAAAAUCUGUUCAUGCGGACCGAAUUGUCGGACCAUAUUUAACUUUACAUCCCGAGUUUUGUUUCGUUGUUGAGGAUGACACUGGUAUAGUAGGUUACAUCUGCGGUGCCCCGGACUACAAAAAAUUCAGGAUAAAGCAGGAACUUGCCUGGAUACCGGAAAUGUGCGAGAAAUAUCCCGAGCAUCUGGCUCAGGAGGCCAAUAAGGCUGUGCAGGAGUGCAUAUUGCACUUCCACAACUUCAAGGAGGAAUUGUACGUCAGCAGUCCGACGCAUCCGUCUAAUAUGAUUUGCAGUUUACUGCCGUCGGUUUUGGACCAAUCGGUGGCCAAGAGAUUAGUGACUUGUCUAUUGGCAGCAUUGAGAGCUAACGGUUUCUUUGGGGUUCACGUGGUGAUUAACGCAACGGACAGUUACACCCACGCGUUCUACGGUAAGCUGGGCCUCGUGGAAAACGCCCAGGAGGCGAUUAAGGGCAAAAUUGUGAUGGGUAGAACGUUUUAAGUUAAGCACAACCGGAUUAUUAACUAUUUGACUGAUUAAAAUGAUAUAAAGUAACAGUUUCUCACUUUUUCUAUACUUACUUAUAAUUCAUUCAUUAAUUACCUAAGGAAGGAAAGUUUGACCAGCGAGGUGACGUGGAAAUAUCGCCCGAGCAUUAUUUUUUGUUACACAACUCAAUAUUAAUCAUUAUUUUUGCAUGAAUCUAGCAACUUUUUGCCAUCUCCUCGUAUUUCACCUUCGGCGGCCAUCUUGCAUCACACGUCAUACUGUGGGCGGAGCUUAGGAAUCCAGUGUGUCAAAUAAAGGGGAGGGAGACGGGGGCGUGACCGUGUUUCGUGUAAUACGAGGGUUAGUCAAUACGUUCCUCUGUUCCAACAAAGUUAUUUGGGUUAUAAGAAAAUUGAAUUGAUUAAUUUCUUGCAAGCAAGAGAUUGCCCCUAUAGCGCAAUUUUACAACUGCCUGGAAAAACUUCAAAUUUUUUUUUUCUUUGAAUAACCCUUGUAGUGCCACGCCCCUCUAGGCCACGUGACUCUGCUGACAAAACUAAGCUCCGCCUACAAGGUGACGAUUCAAGAUGGCCGCCGCCAGUGACGUACCGGAGCGAGUCAAAGAGUUUAUCCCUGGCCAACUGAGAUUUUUUUAUUUAUUUAUAUUAAGUAAUUAAAAGGGCCAAAAUUUCGAUUUAUUUAAUUACUGGUAGGGAAGGUACAUAUGUAGGGUGUAAGAAAAGUAAGGAUACCUCCUAUAACCUAAAAGUUGUUUUGUUUUGACUUUUUGACAAAUUCAGUGGUGACCUUGUUCUUGACCCCAAGGUCAUUUCAAAGUCAAUUUUUGAUUUUUAAACAGAAAAUUACAUAUAUAGGAAAAUUUUAAAUUGACAUAAUUAUGUAUUUAAUGUUUGCAUCGAAGUAACCUUUAAAGGUCAUUUCAAGGUUUUUGUAGUUCAAAAAACAAAAAUUGACCUUGAAGUUACAGGAGGGUACCGUUACAUUCAUUACACCCUAUAUAAUAGUAAUAAUAAGCUUUUUAUUAUUAUCCCGUUACUAUAAAGACGCCGUAUAUUUUGUGAUUUUCUUUAUUUGUAUCUUUAUCACAAUCUCAUGAUUUUUUUUUAAAUUAUUGUAUAAAUAUAUAUAGCUCUAAUAGAUAUUAUUGUUUAAGUUUAAUAAACGAGUAUUACAAUCA